CCGGGAAAUUACUGCUGAACAAUGGCAACAGCAUGUAGGUAUGGAAGCAACAUAGUCAUAGGAGAACCUACAGGUCCAUCCAUGCUCGAUUGCUCGACUCGGGGCUGGAUGGAUGGGAAAACAAAAGUGUGAAAACUCUCGUCGUCGUCAUCUGUCGUGUUUGUGACGAGAAAAGUGCGGAGGAAAAUGUGCGAUAGGUUACGCGUGCAGUAGUGUGCGAUGCGAUGCAGUGAGCGGCUUCUCGAGAGAGAAAAUCCCUGAUCUGAGUCGGGUGAGCGUGAGGAGCAGAUGAGACUUUUCAGUGUAUUGCCACGCCAUAUUGGUUUUUGUUUCGCCCUACAAGUCGUGGAUGGUUUGGGCGCCGCACCAGUUCGCUGUUCAUGGAAAAUUGACGCCUUUUCCGUGAAAUAAAUAGGUCAAUAAGAUAGAUCUUGUUUGUUUCACCGUUCUGAUCCGGUAGAGGGGUUGGCCUUUCUAGGGACAGUUACCCGUAGGAAUCGUGAAGUUUGAUCGUAGAUGGUCGUCGGUUGUCUCGGUGUUGCGCGGUUUUGAUAGUAGAUCUUGGCGUUUUUCCUUACGAGCUUUUUGCUUUUCCUUCGCGAAGCAAAUGUGAUUCUUUUCUUUUUUGUUUCCACCAUCAUCAACAUCAGCAGUAGAAGCAGCAGUAAGAUUUUCCUAAUGGUGGAUUGGGAUUGCAUACAGGUUGAAAGUAGUCGCCAGCAGGCACUAGGGAAAAGUGUGUAUAAUGAGGAAAACCAAGUGAAACAAAUAUAAAUCAAGAAAUAAAAAUAGUGUGAUGCCAAUCUGUGUAGUAUCUGCCGAAGAAUAGAAUUCCGGAAUAGCAUUUAUAAGGAUACGGGAUAGCGAUUUUCCACUUUUCUCCAUCAAUCGGGAGUCGAUCUACGCUGCUAUCAAUAGUGAUUGUGGAGUGCCCUCAUCGCUGUAGGCAUCCUCGAUCAUCAAUCAUCCUAGGCAUUGUCUCGUCAUCGUCAUCGAAAACACCAAGAGCAUCAUCAACAGGCACGGUGAAGCCGAAUAGAAAAAAGAAAAAGAAGAAACCCCACGCGAAAUAUCGCCGUCAUCAUCAUCAUCGUAAUCAUCAUCGUCACCGUCAUCUGGCCCUUAUCAGAGAGCUGCACAGCGCGGGCAGCAGGCAAUAGUUGUACAGCAACAGCAGCAGCAGCAGAAGCAGCAGCAACAACAACAUCAACAACAAAACCUAUAACACCACAAACUUCGAAGAGCAAAAGAAUAACCAAACAGGAGCAAACAGAGCACGUGCGAGAGCGAAAGAGAAGCGGCCUAGCCAGUAGUAGGUACUAAUCGCAAUUAUUAUCAACGAGAACGCUACCAGGAGCAACAGAGACAGCGACAUACCUAGAGAUUUUACAUCACGGCGCGCACGCACACCUUGUGUCACACGAUUCAGCUCACGGGGACGACGGCAGCAACACAGCUGAUCCCGCGGCUAGUGACCAAAAGGUACCUGAAAAGCGCGCCACCCAGCAGCAAUAAUAGUUACAUACAUUAGGAACCGACAUCAACGGCACUACUGAUAAACGCUCGUGAACAACCUAGGCAAGGCAUCUGCGGCGGGAUACCGGGCGAUGGCGUUUGCGGUUACGAGGGCGACCGGUGUCAGCCCAUCCAGUUCGGUAGUGAUACAUUCGUAGAGCCAGAAGUUGUUUUAAGCGCGAAACAACUUCUACCGCUACCCUUCAAAUUGGAAUGUCCUGCAGUGUAGACGGGCUGCCGGCGGGGUGUCGACUCCGUGGCAUGGGCUCGACUGUUCAAAGUGGUCCACUUAAUUCGGCUUUGAGUGGAACGCAGGAAACGACCUCCAAUGUUGUGCCGCUACAACGACCACCUUCGCAGAAGCCGUGCUGCUUCUGCUUCUUGUGGUGCUGCUCUUGUUCAUGCUUGGCUAUAAAACAUGCAGAAGACAACGGGCCUACGAGAAGAGACCCAGCUAGUUCCGAUACGCUUUUCGAUGGUGAACAGCCAAGUCUAGAGGAGAUUCGCAGCUGGGGCAAAAGCUUCGACAAGCUGAUGUGGAGCCCUAGCGGGCGAAUGGCAUUCCGGGAGUUCCUGCGCUGCGAAUAUAGCGAGGAAAACAUUCUCUUCUGGCUGGCCUGUGAAGAGCUCAAGAAGGAAACCAAUCACGAGGCGAUAGAGGAGAAAGCUAGGUUUAUCUACGAAGAUUAUAUAUCGAUUUUAUCACCGAAAGAGGUGUCGUUAGAUUCUCGAGUACGGGAAAUAGUUAAUAGGAAUAUGGUGGAACCCACACCGCACACAUUUGACGAAGCUCAACUACAAAUUUAUACACUUAUGCAUAGAGAUUCGUAUCCGAGAUUUAUAAACUCACCACAAUUCAAAUCCCUGGCACAAAUACCCGACGGUGUAUCGGCGUCUGGCUCCACGGCGGAGAGUCCUAGUAAUUAGGGUGCGGCGGAGAUGUGGGGGCCGACCGAGGGCAGCAAACAUCGGACAGAGAGGUAAUUAAUCUAGAUCUAACAUUACGCGCUAAUCUACGGCCAUCAAUCGACGAUAUGGGAUGAGACAUGACGCUGAAUCUGAAAUGAAAUCAACAUAUUAACAAGCAUUAAUCGAAGUUUUAAACAAUAAACAGAGCCACGAGACGGGGCAUGCAAGCGAACAAGAGAAAUCUGCGACCCAAAACAGAAAAACUAUGAUUAGUUAUUUAAAGUAAUGAAGGAUAAACAUCGUUGAAAUAAAAACAACAAAAAGGCAAAUAAAGUAAAGUUUUAUAUAAAAAUUAUACAACAUGACGAAAUGGAUCGAAAUAGUGUUCCCUCCGAGAGAGGUUAGGAGCCGUUUAGGAGGGAGAGUUACAGAUAUGAUACACGUAAUUCACUGAUCAUUUUAGCGUUAUUGUAUAUUAUAGAUGGACGUUAAUAAAACAAUUGAAAAUACACAUAAUAAACUGAAAUGAAAUAACCCCAAGCAGAAAGCAGAGAGCAUAAACGAUGUAAUCAAUAGCCAAAAAGAAAACAAAUUAUAUAUAUACACAUAAAUUAACAAAAAAAAAAGAAUCGUUGCAACACACGCUGACAGGAUUUCAGUUUUAUACUAUGGAACAAACGACAAUGAAGCAAAGAGAAAUUAUUUCUCCUUAUAUUUCCACUAUUUACCUUGGAAGUUUGUUCUUUUUCGAUUCCUGGUUAAAAUAGAUACAAAUUUUAGGCUAAUCAAAACUUAUCACACGAACAAAGAAAACACAUCAAGAAUGAUAUGAAAUCCACUCUCUCAAGUCACACGCACCCACAGAUUCAAAGAACCCAUUAUUUUCACCCACACACGAGAUCGCCGGAAAACUGAAACAUUAUCAAACGUGUUCGAGCGUUAAUAUUAAAAAAAUGGAACACUUUAUGUGAAACGAGCAGCACAAAUUUAAACCUAAGACCUUAUUAGACACGGUAGAUGGGAAGUCUAACUUCGCAUCUGUCGGAACCCCUAGCCGAAACAAAUACAAAACUAGUGAGAAAAGGGGAAGAAUCGCUUAAUCGUUCUGUGUUCUGUCGAAACCCUUAAGUAUUACCAGCACACAUUUUCCCUCCCCCGGAACAUUCAUGCUUGGAAACGACCACUACUAUUUACUGACUGUUGAAGUUUUCUAUUUUUGAUACGAACCGUGAACUGUUACCUUCGUUUUUGCUUUUAUCCUACCUAUAGCAUCCGUUGAUUAGCUCAAUAUUUAAAUCAAUCUUUAUAUAUUUUUGUGUUACAUUUAUACAAAGGGCCUAUUCGAUUUUAUGAUGUGAAAAAAAAUGCAUCGCGCUAUGUUGUUAAUGAAAACGAAAGAAAAUAACAUCAAACAGUGAGGUAAUCUAGUCAAAGCAAACAAACAAAAAAAAUGAUAAAAUAAAGUGUGUAUUGUUUUAGGAUAACCGAUUAGCAGACAUCGUCCUAAAAGAAACCAAGAAAAUGUGAGGUAAAUCAUUUGUACCCAUUGGGAGUGAAGCUUAUUUUUAAGGCGUUCAUGAUACAAA